AUGGCGCUGCGCAUGCGUGUGCGCGGCGGCGCGUGGCUGCUGCUGUUCUCGCAAGGGCGGCUGGAGCGCAGAGCCCGCGCAGCUCAACGUUGGUGCGCUGCCGAGCCUGGCCGAGGGGAGGGGGAGGGAGGGAGGAGACGCUUCGCGUGGGUGGAGCGGCUGCAGCGCGCUGCGCGACCCCAACCCGGCCGAGAAGCGCGUGGCGCUGGUGGCGCGGGGGCGCUGCAACGGCGCGCUGGGCCUCUUCAAAACUGCUCUGCCAGGAGCCCGCGCCGGCCCCCACUCGCCAGGUUGUACCUGCUGCCCGAGGAGGCGGACGUGGAGGACGGCGCGUUGGGACGACGCUGUCAGCGCUGGCUGGGAGCGGCUGCGGCGGCUGGAGCUGGACCUGGCGGUGACGCUGUAGUUGGCUUUGAAUUCUCUGGUCGACUCUCGAGCGGCCGCCGAGUCAUGGGAAUGAGGAUGGGAGGUUGCGUGUCUACGGAGAUUAUAGCACCUGAAUUUCUCUUAUGGGAUGUUCCUGAUGAAAUGACUCUCCUUGAAGCAUCCACGAUACCUGCUGCCUAUGGAACGCAUGUGAGCGCUCUCUUGGGAUCGAGCGAGUCCGGGGGCUUCACGCUGCUGGGCUACUCGUACGGAGGCCUUCUGGCGCUGGAGGCCGCGGCGCGGCUCGAGGCCGAGGGCUGGGCGAGCACGGGCCACGUGGUGCUCCUGGACUCGGCGCCUGACGUAAUGCAUGCCAUGGCCAAGAUGAUGCUGAUGGUGGACCCAGCUUCCGAGCGAAAUGGUUCGCUUGCUAGAGAAUCCAGCCAUAAGAACGUUGCGAGAUAUCAAGAUGAUUUCAAAGAAGAACGGCGACUCCAGGACGAGAUACUGGUUCACGUCACACAAACGAUGCUCCCAGACAUGGCGGCAGCGCAGCUUCAGGCAAGAGUGAACCCAAGAUCCCUGCGCGGCAAGGAAAUGGGCGUUUAUGUAGGUGCAUGCUUCUCCGACAGAUUUUUUUAG